CGGGAGCUUCAGGCGCGGCUUGGACCCACCCCUCUGCCAGGCGUCCACUCCACCGCCCACUGCCACAGUAAGGUAAGAGGGAACAAGUCGUUGCCCACUGAAUCCACGUCUCGUCACUGCCGCAAUUCGAGGCCAGCUGGGGCUGUUUCGUUUUAAAGACAAGAAAAGGCAGACGCGUCCCCCAAAAGCCACUUUGCUCCUUCUGUUUCUGAUUUCCCGUCUAUUACCUCCCAUCUUCCUCACACUCACCUCAGCUCACUCACACACCUCCAAGCUUUCUCUCACGGAUAGUUUCCAGUGUUUUUGAACAACAGCGAACACGGACAGCAUCUCACCUCGCCCUCGACACUCGUUCCCACAAUCCGAACAACCCAAGCCAGCGAGCUACCUAUCUUACAUCAUUACAGCGGGUUCCCUUAUCGAUUGGCCCCCGAAACCCCCCCGUCCACUGGUUCCGAUCCCUGGGUUGUCUCGCCAAACCCCGUUGCCGAGCCGGAUUGAGUUUGAUCUUUAUUUAGAAGGGGAAAAAAGGCCAGGGGAGCAACAGUCGCAUAGCUGACAACCUCCUCUCAUCCAACAUCCCCCUUUCGAUCACAAACGUAGGGAAACCCUACUAGAUCACCAACAAACCCGACAUAUUCGACGACUCGACGACAAACAUGCUCGGAAAUUUUGACUUUGACCCGGAAUACGUCCCCGGCGUCAAGCUCGGUCUGCACAUUUUCCAGUUCAUUCUGUCCUUCGCCAUCUGGGCAUUGGAAAUUGCAGUGUUUAGAGCCGAUAACGCAAAAAUCGUCGGCAACAAUGGCUGGACUUUUGGAGUGUGCUUCCUUUCGCUACCAGCGUGGAUCUACCUGAUUAUGGCGCCGCGGUGGCCGAGAACGAGAAAACUAGCCAACCCCUACGCUAUGGCCAUCGUAGACGCAUGCUUCUGCAUCAUCUGGCUUUCUGCCUUCGCAAGUCAGGCCGCCUACAACACGGCCAACCAGUGUGGUGACGGCUGCAAGCUCAGCAAGGCCAUUGUCGGCUUGGGUGUUUUCGUUUGCCUUCUCUUCGGCGGCAGCACCUUUGUCAGUCUGUACACUCUGAAGUACUACCAGUUCCACGGCAAGCUCCCCGGCUACGACAAGGAGAAGCUCGGCGGAGACAACAUCGACCCCGACAAGGCCGCCUUCUCCAUGGCACCCCACGACGAGGAGGCAUACGCCCCCGUCCAGAUGGAUGAUCACAACGAUGACAACACAACGCUCUACGGCGGCAACGCCACCGGAAACCACGGAUACGCCAACAACAGCUACAACAGUCGCUACGGCGCCGGCAGCUCGGCAUACGGCGAGGAUGACGACCCGAACCGCUACGGUUCCCUCCCCUCGCGCCAGAACGGCGCCAUGUUCGACAGCGAGACCGAGUACCACUCCCAAACUCAUCCCCAGAGGCCCACCUCCACUAGCCCCGCGGCGGCGGUACAACCGUACUCCGCCCCUGAGCCGUAUGGCGCAGCGCCUGCUUACGACGACGACCGGCCGGCACAGUUCCCUUCCGCGCCUUACGAUCGCACGAUGCAUUAAGAUGAAGAUCCUAUUCUUUCAGCGGGAUAAUAUUCCAGUGUGAGGGAUUUGUGAUGGCAGGGCCACAGCCCGAGCAAAACCUGGGCCGGUUUUGGGUUGACGAAGGCGGACUGACUGUGCUGUCCAGUGUUCACAUAGAUGGGCUUGGAUUUUUAUUUUCCGGUUUACGGGGUGUUGUUGGCGUCCCAUUUGUAACAAAGGUAAUCGCAAAGAUACCAGGCAUGAAGCUCUCUCUAGGUAGACAUCAAAUUUGAUGAC